AGUCACAUUGGAUGGUCGCAGCGACUUAAGCAAACAAAUAAGGGAGGAGCGACAGUGAAGCUGACCUCUUCCGUAAAAAUAAGGAUGUUCGUGCCAUCCCGCCUGUUGCCAAGGUUAUGCCAAAUUACACGCCAGAAGAGUGACAUUGUGAAAUGGCAAAAAUACAAAGUCCUCCUUGCUCAUUGGUGUGUAGAACCGGUCACAUUUGCUGAGACAGGCAGGAUCCGCGGUUGGGAGGCCGAUAAUUGGUGGAAGGUUUCAUGUCCUGUUUCCCCCUCGGUAUCCACUUCUCCUGUCAGACGGCCGAGUUCGAGCUGGCACGACGCUAAUCUGUCUUGGCUCUUUCAUCAGAUAAUUAACAGCUCGACCUCAGACUAA